GUCAGUAAAAGCACCGUCGAAGAAGCGCCGUCGUUUGCGCGGCGUCGAGAUAGACAAAAAGGACGCGAAGACCGGGGGGCUCCAUCGGUUGAGGUGGGAGGGAUAUACCUUUUUUAUGUCGAUCUUUUUUUAUAGUUGACGUAAUUGUUUUGCGCGCCACCAAUAACGGUUCGUGACCGUUUGGCAUCAUGACGUCAUACGAGGAGAACGAGCGCCAGCAGAAGCGAACGGAAGCCGUUGGCGAAAAUUCCAAAGUGCUGUGCCACAAAGAUGUCAGGCACGCGAUCUGUCAUCAGGAACAGCGGCCCCCCAUUAAAGAAGAGGCAGAGGAAUUGCGGCUUUGCUACGAGGAAGAGGAGGACCAGCGGCCCCCCUACAUUAAAGUGGAAGUGGUGGAGGCCGACAUCGGCGACUUUCCCCAGACCGGCGCGUCGGUCAAGAGCGAGAACCGCGACGAGGACCCGCCCGAGCGGUCGCGGCGUCGCCGGAGCGGCUCCCCCCUUGCGGGAGCCCCCCCGGACAGCCUCCUGGCUCCGCUGUCGGACAGCGACGACGUGGAAGGGACGACGAGCGACUCGGAGGGGGAGCCCGAGCGGCGUUCCGCAGGGCGGCGCAAACGGCGCAGAGCCAAGCCUUUCCGCUGCUCCGUCUGCGGUCAGCGAUUUCUUCAAGAAAAGCAUCUGAGCAGGCACGCCAGGACGCACACGGGGGAAAUUCUUCGCUGCCCGGCUUGUUUUAAGGGCUUCCUUCACAAGCACGCCUUGACGAAACACGGCAAGACGCACGCCGGCGAGCGAGCCGCCGUUUGUUCGGCUUGGGCGAAAGGCUUCGUUCAAAAACCCGAUUUGGGAAGAGCCGCGCUCGCCGGCGACGAUGGAGAGCGCGGAGCGUACGCGGAGCCCGGAACUCCGGACGCGGAGCCCUCGGCCGCCACGUCGCCGAGCGCGUGGGAGCACGCGAGGGGCUCGGCCCUCCCCGCGUCGCCAGCGAAGCGGCCCGUUCGUCUGACGGUGGAACAAAAGAAGGAGAUCGUGGCGGAGCACGAAGCCGGGGCGCGCCUGGCCGAGCUGGCCGCGCGCUUCGGCUUGCCCAAGUCCACCGUUUGCACCAUUCUCAAGAAGAAGGCGUCCAUCAAGGCGGCCGACGUGGCCAAAGGCGUCACGCUCCUCACCAAGCAGCGGCCUCAAAUCCUGGAGGACGUGGAGAAGCUCUUGCUGCUGUGGGUCAACGAGCAGGAGCUGGCGGGCGGCGGCGUGAGCGCCGGCGCCGUCAUCAGGAAGGCCAAGAGGCUGCACGGCGACCUGCUCGGCGAAACCGGCGGGGGGGCGGCCACUUUCAAAGCCAGUCGCGGCUGGUUCGACAACUUCACCAAGCGCAGCGGAAUUCGCAGCGUCCGGCACGACGAGGACGUGGAGCGCUUGAACAGGCGGGCCGCCGAGAGCUUCGCGGGUCAAUUCGAAAGCCUGGCGCGGGGCUACCUGCCCAGUCAGGUGUUCAACUGCGGGGAGGCGGGGCUCUUUUGGAGAAAAAUGCCCAAAAGAACCUGGCUGACCAAAGAGGAGAAGGCGCGGCCCGGCCACAAGCCCAUGAAGGACAAGUUGACGCUUCUGCUGUGCGCCAACGCCAGCGGCGACUGCCAGCUGAAGCCGCUUCUGGUGUACCACUCGGAAAACCCGCGCGCCUUCAAGAGCAACCGCGUGCUCAAGGCCCAGCUGCCCGUCAUGUGGCGGGCCCAUGCCGGGAUCCGGGUCACGCGGGCGCUCUUCGGCGAGUGGCUGAGGGAGGUGUUCGCGCCGGGCGUCAGGACCUACCUGCGGGAGAACGCCUUGCCUCCGCGCUGCCUCCUGGUGGUGGACAAGGCGGCGGCGCACCCGCCCGGCUUGGAGGAGCAGCUGGACGGCGCCGAAGGCCGCUUCAUCCGGCUGCAGUUCCUGCCGUCGCGGGCGGCGCGCCUGCUGCGGCCGCUGGGCCGGCAGCUGGUGAGCCACUUCAAGAAAUUGUACACCCGGGCGCUUUUCUCCACCUGCCUUCAGGUCACCGAGGCCACCGAUCUGACCCUCAGCCGCUUCUGGCGGGACCACUUCAACAUCUUCCACUGCAUUCACAUGGUGGACCGGGCCUGGAGGGAAGUCCCGCGCCCCGCCCUGCGCUCCGCUUGGAAGACGCUCUGGCCGGCUUGCCUGCCGGGCGCCGACUCGGAGGGCCUCGGCGUCGAGGCGGCGGCGGCGGCGCUGGUGGAGGACAUCGUGUCCAUCGGCACGGCUCUGGGCUUGGAGCUCGACGGGCAGGACGUGGAGGAGCUGCUGGAGGAGCAGCCGGACGAGCGCAGCAAAGAACUGAGCACAAAGGAGCUUCUGGAGCUGCACAGCGAACGGAUGCAAAGCUGCUAGGCGGCGGCAGGAAACCACAAACUCGCCGGCAGCAGAGAAACAAAAUGGCCGCCGCUGGGAGACGAGCGCGAGCCGCGAGGUCAAAAACUAAAACGUGGCAAAACUAGCGUCAUGAUCA